AGACUCAAACUUUAUGCGCGGUCAGUAUUAGGCUCCGACUUUAUAUAUAUGGUAUCGAUGUUUAUAACAGACUUUAAAAAAAAAGUAAGAGAAAGAUUAUAAAAUGGCGGUGUUUGCGUUUACAUUCAUUUUACGCGCUCACUUUCUUUCUGAAGCAAUCAUAUUAAGGAGACUUUUUAGAGGGAGGGGGGAAAAAGAAAAGAAAAGAUGGACACGCGUUAUGAAUCCAAAGAUGUGAUGAAGGGCGAUUAGUUUUAACUUUACAUGCAAUAGUAAUAGAUAUUGCGCAAGUGGAUGUCUAAGCAACUUCCUGAUGCAGAGUUUAUCAGUUCAUCAGAAACCUCUGGGUUUGUUGUAAUGGAUAAAGAGACACCUUUGAAAUGAAUUAAUAAUCAAAUGAUGACUAAAACGAGUUCUCCUGUAGAUUCUAUAGUACAGAAGGUACUGUAGGUUUGCCUCUUAACUUUCCUCUUAUCCAUAAAAUAAGUUCCAUACGGCCCCUUAGCACGGUUUUAUUUCAUGAACAUUAUUUAAAUUUCAAUAAUAGAAUUCACCAUUAAGAAGUUAAGUCCAGCAUCCUAAGAGAAAAAUAAAACAAUUUUACUGACAUUUCCAUUACAUUUUUAUUUCCCAGCACAUAAAUUUAUAUGUGCUUUAGCUAAUUUAAACAGUGUUUUUUCUCCAGCACCCUCUAACCAUGUCCUUCCUUGCUCAGAUACAUGCGUACAACUCUAGAUAAAGUCUAUGAUGCUGGACUUGUGAAACACCUUGUAGUUCGUUUAUAGAUUUAAGCCAUAAUGCUGUUUAUUUCAGAACUUUCCAACAGGCACAGCACAUCAGGUCCAGAGUUUUCAUUUAAAUCAGCAGACCAAUCAGCAAUAUAAGAACCUGUCAGAUAGUAUAACUUUGAUAAUGGUGUGUUGUGAUUUCCAUCACAAAAUAAAAAAUACAAAUAUGCAAUAACACCCACUGUAAAUAAAUAUGAGUGUUACUAUGAAUGCAGUGAUUGCUAACAUUUAUAGUGCGGCAUUGUAACCUAUUCUAUUACCAUGUUGUGAAGAAUAUGGUGUUGGAUGAUGUUUGCUUGACUUUCAUUACAAAAGCCUUACACCAUGAACAGAUCAGCAAUCACUCUACUUAAAGCCUUGGAUGAUCUUGUGGGUGAUGACUUUGAGAGAUUUGUAUUUUUUCUUUGUCAAAGGGAUGACAAAAAAAUUCCAAAAGGAGCCGUGUUCAAAAAAUCACAAGUAGUAGUGGCUGAAAAAAUGAUCGAAACAUAUGGGAAUCAAGAUGCUCUUCAAAUCACUAUAGACAUUUUGAAAGAAAUGAAAAACAAUAAUCUUGCACGUCAAUUAGAAAAGCAAAUACAACAACAACAGAAAGAGUCUGAUCAGAAUGCUGUGCCUGUAGAGAAGCAGAGACUGGCCCAUGAAUCAAGAGAGACGGGUCAACCAGCCGGUGUAAAAGUGUCAGUCAAAGAGCAAGAGCCUGAUCAAUAUCAGAUUGUCAUGGAAAAACAUAAAGACUGGCUGAAGACUCGAAAUAGUUUCAUAGUUGAGGAGACUGCUAAAGAUAAGAAGAAGAUUCGACUUAAUGACAUAUACACAGAUCUGAUUAUUACAAAAGGAGAAAGUGAUGCUCAUGAUAAGGUUUUGAUGAACGGUGAUUCAAAACUUUCAGACGAAACCAGAAUCAACUGCAAUGACAUCUUUAGGAAGAAUGAAGAAGAAAUCAAAACUGUUCUUACAAAGGGUGUAGCUGGCAUUGGAAAAACAGUCUCUGUGCAGAAAUUCAUCCUUGACUGGGCUGAGAAUAAAGCUAAUCAAGAUGUGGAGUUUCUGUUUGUACUUCCAUUUCGUCAGCUGAACCUGAUCGAAGCUGAUUAUAGUCUUCAUGAACUUUUGGUUUACUUGCAUCCCCAACUUAAAGGCUGUGACUCAAACAUAUAUGUUGACAAAAAGAUUCUAUUCAUAUUUGAUGGUCUUGAGGAGAGUAGAAUUCAGCUGAGCUUUAGAAAAGGUCAUGUCAGUGAUGUUCACACCAAAUGUAAAGUGGAAGCCUUAAUUAUAAAUCUCAUCAAAGGAAAGCUACUCCCUUCUGCUCUUAUAUGGAUAACAUCUCGACCGGCAGCAGCCAAUCAGAUACCCUCCGAGUACAUUAACCAUGUAACAGAAAUUCAGGGAUUCAGUGACUCCCGAAAGGAGCAGUACUUUAGAAAGAGAGUGACCGAUAUGAACGAAGCCAACAGAAUCAUCUCGCACAUUAAGAAAGCAAGGAGUCUUCACAUUAUGUGCCAAAUUCCAGUCUUUUGUUGGAUUUCAGUUACUGCUCUUCAGAAUUGUCUUACCCACAUUCACAAAGAAGAAAUCCCCACAACACUAACUGAAAUGUACUCUCACUUUUUACUUGUUCAGAUAAACAGGAAGAAUGAGAAAUUUGACCAGAGCCAUGAAAUAGACUCAAAGUUACUGCUGGAGUCCAACAAAAACAUGAUUCUGAAACUUGCCGAAUUGGCUUUCAAACAGCUGCUAAAUAGCAACGUUCUCUUCUCUGAAAAAGAUCUUGAAGAGUGUGGAAUCAAUGUCCAAGGAGCCUUCUUAUACUCUGGGCUUUGCACUGAAAUCUUUAAAAUGGAAUCUCCGUUUUUUCGCACAAAAGUUUAUUGCUUUGUGCACUUGAGCUUCCAAGAAUUUUUUGCUGCUCUUUAUGUGUUCUAUUGUUAUCUAUGCAAGAACUUGGCAGAAGUGAAGAUGUUCCUGCCAAAGACCAAGGUUGUGGAAGGAGUACCACUGGAUGUUCUAAUGAAGCAUGCAGUGAAUGAAGCCUUGAAGAGUAAGAACGGACAUCUUGACCUUUUCCUCCGCUUUCUUCACGGCAUGUCACUGGAAUCCAACCAGAGGCUCCUGCAAGGUCUACUACCCCAUACCAUGAGCAGCCCCGAGAGUGUUGAGAAAAUAAAGCAAAACCUGAAACACGGACAAAAAAAAAACAUCAACCCUGAGCGCUGGCUCAAUCUCUCACACUGCUUAAUAGAAAUGAAGGAUGACACUCUUCAGCAAGAAAUUCAGACUUACCUCAAGUCUAAAAAAAAGUCCAAAAAGCUCACUCUUGCACAUUGUUCAGCUAUGGCUAACAUGUUUCAAGUUUCAGAAGAAGUGAUAGAUGAGUUGGACCUAAAAAAAUACAACACAACAGAAGAGGGACGUAGAAGACUAAUUCCAGCGCUAAGGAACUGCAGGAAGGCUAUUCUGGCAGAUUGUCAUCUAACAAAGACGUCCUGUGAAAACAUUGCAUCAGCUUUACAGUCAGCAAAUUCACCCCUGAGAGAGCUUGACCUGAGUGACAAUGACCUACAGGAUGCAGGACUAAAAUUGCUGUAUGAAGGGCUGAAGAGUUUAAAUUGUAAAUUAGAGAUACUACGUCUCUCUAACUGUAAGCUGACCACAUUGUCAGCGCUAUGUUUAAGAAAUUCCUCCCUGAGAAAACUGGAUCUGAGCUACAAUAACCUGCAGAAGGGGAUAGAUCAGCUCUUUACUGGACUCAAGAGCCCAAACUGUAAACUGGACACAUUAAGGAUCUCAGAUUGUAAGCUCACUGCAGAAUCUUGCAAAUCCAUUGGCAAAGCUUUAGAAAAGUCACCUUUGAGAGAGCUGGAUCUGAGUUGCAAUGAACUGCGGGAUAAAGGAAUGAAGCUCGUAUCUGAGGGACUGAAGAGUUCACACUGUAAUCUGAACUUACUGAAACUCUCAGACUGUAAACUCACUGAGCAGUCUUGUCCAGGUAUCUCCUUAGUUCUGAGAAAGGCAAACUCGUCCCUGAGAGAGCUGGAUUUAAGUGAUAACGACCUGCUGGAUUCUGGUAUCAAAGUGUUAUCUGAUGGAUUAAAGAGUUCAGAAUGUGUUCUGGAAAUACUGAGAUUGUCUGGCUGUUGUCUCACAUCACAGAGUUGCUCUUCACUCGUGUUAGCUCUGCAUUCAAACCCCACACACCUCACCAAGCUGGAUUUAAGCUACAAUCAUCUAGGACCAGAGUUAGAAGAAUUUAUUUCACUGAAGAGGACUUCAGACAAUAAACUGGAGGCCAAUAUGGACCAUUGUGGAGAGUUGAGAAUAGCUAGAGGACUCAAGAAGUAUGCCUUCAAGCUGACGCUGGACCCCAACACAGCAAACACACGCCUCUCACUGACCGAAGAAAACACCAGGUUGUUGCUUAUGACAGAACAUCAGCCACAAGGUCAAGACCACAGACCGAAAUUUCAGUACGUGACACAGGUGCUCAGUGCAGAGAGUCUGUCUGGCCGUUGCUACUGGGAAAUUGAGUGGCAUCAAAAGGCUUCCAUCGCUGUGGCAUACAAAUCUAUCAGUAAGAGGGGACGCAGAAAUGACUGUGUGUUCGGAUGUUCAAAAAAGUCCUGGAGCCUGGAUUUGUCUGGUUCUGUUGGAGAUCUUAACAAUUGUUCAGUAAUGCACAAUAACAAGAUAAUGGUCAGUUCAUGUUCCAAGUUUAACAGAGUAGCAGUGUAUGUGGAUGUCCCAGCUGGGAUUCUGUCCUUUUACACCAUCUCCUCUGACCCACCCACACUGACACGCGUACACACUUUCCGUACAACAUUUACAGAAACACUUUUUGCAGGAUUUGGACUCAAGAAUGUUAAUGACUCCAUCUCUCUCAUCCAUUUUUGAAACUUCUAAGCAAAACUUUGCAUUUAAUGCCAGCAUAAUAUUACAAUGAUGUAUGUUAUUUUUUUUAUUAAAGAAUUUCUUUUAUUUUGUUUAAACUUUUUUAUGUUUUUAUGUUGCUGUAAUUGGUUU